AUGGCGGAUCCAUACCCUUACAACUCGCACUCAACGCCUACGCCGAGCGGGGUUGGCUACUAUCCCCCAGAGGAUCAGCCGCAGUACCCGGUAUAUGGCCAACAGCAGCCAUACGGGAACCAACAGCCUUACCAUAACCCCGGAUUAGAGCCUUACCAGCCCAGUCCAAAUGAAACCCAACUCUAUGCUCCACAACAAAGUUCAUACCACCUCGCGCCCGAGCCAUACGGAUCCUCCAUCGAGAGAAGUUAUACGCCCACAGGGCAACCAGACUAUCUUGGGCCGGUGACUCCGGUAGGAUACCAACAUGCGCAAGACAGAAUCCCCGGGAACGCAGGAUACUACAACGACCAUCCAGCCGACCAACCACGGUACGCACCCUCCGCGAGUCCCCACCCUCCCGCUGUCUAUGUAUCCGAGCCAGAAGAUGCACAGCGCAGUGGUGAACAGCGCUCCGAUACAGAGACCGACACUGACCGGGGUAUGGACCGUGGGCUCGGGGGUUCACUCGCUGGCGGCGUCGCGGGAUAUUACCUCGGUCAUAAGAAGGAACACGGUUUGCUGGGUGCGAUUGGUGGUGCUCUGCUCGGGAACUUCAUCGAGGACAAAUGUUAUUUUGCCUAG